AUGGAUAUGAUCAAAGUUGGCCCAGUGGGGAGAAGUGGUGGAACCAUUUGGGAUUAUAAGGGACGAGACCAAGUCGCUGGGGUUCUUGGUUCAUACAACAAAAACGCAAUUCUUUCACUUCAGUUCCUGUACUAUGAGAAUAGCAAGUUAGUUCCGUCAAAUAAACAUGGUUUUGAUAUAUGUAAUCAAAGCUCGUGUGCAGUUGUUUUUGAUUAUCCAUCAGAAUUUCUUACUUCGAUCAGUGGUUCCUCCAAAUCAGUGUUGAACUCUAUAAAAUUUGGAACAAACAAGGGUUCCUAUGAACCAUUUGGGUGUACCUCGCCUUCAACUGAUGCCAAGGACUUCAACUUUCAGAUAGGAAAUCAUCGGCUUUUCGGUGGUUAUAAUUCAUGGCACCCAGAAUUUAUAUGGCGUUGA